AUGCCGCCGCGACUAGUGCGUCGGAGACCGCUCGCCGAGCGUGUCAAGGCGAUGCUGAACCCUAUGGAUUUCCUCCUGUGGCUAUCCGAAGAAAUCGAGACGCGCGACUGGAACUCCAAGCUUGUCGGCACUCAGAUGGGCGUGGCUAUGAACUUCGCUUUCCUGCUCGCCAGGGCCAAUAGUGGUGGUUCUCACGCUGUAGAUCCUGUAUUCGAAGAUGGUUCAGUGUCUGGUUGGUUUACCUUCUUUGUCGGCACUAUGAUCUGGUCAUUGGCUGGCUUCUCGGCCGUUAAUGCGACCUACACCAUGUAUCGAUCCCGUCACUACCGACUAUUCGAAGCGGAUGUGGAGAAGGAGCCUGAAACCCCUUCAGCGCAUCGCGUUCGCGUCCAGUCCUCCCCCGUAUCAUCAUCGCCUUUACGAUUCUUGACGGGUAUGAUGGGCUCAGAGAGUGCCGAGUCGCGAGCGCAUCCCGAUCGAAACCGAGACGUGUGGGAGGUGUCGGUUUGGGACCCGCUGCCGAUUUGUCUGCAAAUAUUCUGCUUAUUUAGUCCUGGCCACGUUUUGGUCUACACGAUGUUUCUACCACUGGCCCCUUUGGAUACGAGGCCAAGCAUUACCGUUUUGAAUUGCAUCGUAUUGCAACUCAUCCUAUCAGGGCAGCUACUCCUAUUUCAGAACAGAUUUACUCAGCAAAACAAGGACACGGCUAUCAUCCAAAAACAAGUUAUGCACGAGUACGAUACCAAAUUUGUCCAUCCCAAUCUAUAUCCCACGGUCAGGGAUGCAGCAACGCAAAUAUCGCAGAAUGACGAUGGUGACGAUCUCGAUGAGGAUAUACAAGUUGGCAUGCCUACUGUUCAGCUUCGACGAGGCUUCCGAACGCGACCGAACCCCAACUAUGUCAAGCAUAUUGAUCCAGAUCGUAGCAGUGGCUUUUCCAAUAGUAGUUCCGGACUAUUCACCCCUCCUGUAUCAAAGAGAUAUACCGACAGUCUAGGAAGUGAUAUUAGAGGUCGCACUCCUUUAGCUGCUGCCAAGCCUCCUCAUCGGAGAGGCACAUCGGGUCUCUCUACAUCAUUUAACCCAAAUUCAUCCCAAUUAGGAACUUCUACGAACUACACCUCUGCUCUUUCCUCUUCUACCAACACCGGUAACCACGGAGGCGAUGGAGGAUAUAUGGGCGUAUAUACCCACCCACAAUCACCCCUGAAGAAGGCCCCUAGUUUAGGCGAGCUUCAGUUUAGAUCACCGCGUAAUAACAGCGAGAUGGCUCAACUCGAGCAAUACCAAUCGGCAAGAGAUCGUAGCGUCAGUCCUAUGAAGAGUAUUAGGAAAAGCACUGGGGCUACGAACUCUCAACCGGGUACUUGGGGACGAGCUCAACCAUCAUACGAGAGAUAUCCCUCCAUGUGGCGAUAG